GCCUGCUUGUGUGUGUGUGUGUGUGUGUGUGUGUUUGUGUGUGAGUUUGUAUGCAUGCGUGCGUGAGGAGCUGGGUGAAUGUGUAGCCUAUAAGCGAGAGCGCGUGCGGCUAAAAAGAACACCUCUGCCCCCGCCUCGCAUCGUCAGCAGCAGCACGAGCACCGACCGACCGACACCCCGCGGCGACCAGACGCGACAACCGCAGCGAACGCGUUCAUUUGACACGAGCAGCGCAGCUUCCGCAUCUGACGCCCCAUCACGCGCAGAAAGCAUAUGGCGGAGUAAGGACGCCGCAUCGCCUCGGACUUAUUUAACCGGGAAUCAGAAAGGAGUCUGUGUGUGUGAGGCGCCUACUUUAUCAUUUCACAAACUGCCUACAACCCAAAGCGCACGUUCGAUCUGCUUGGCAAAAUAUAAACUCCUUUAUAUAUUUCUUUAUUUGUUUUUGGUCACGGAUCGUCAGACUGGAGAAAAACGUUAUUUUCUAGUAUUUUCAGUCGGGGAAAACUUAUGUUUGGGUCGCGUCUGAAGGGUCCGUUGAUGUUUUGAAAAUUUAAAGUCCUGCCUGCUUCCGCAGACGGCCGUGACGCCUGCCCGUGCACCCCCACACCCUCGCGCGCUCUCGGGAGCUGCUGACCGCUGAGCGUCUCCGUUAGCACGGGCUUUCCCGUGCAGCUCGCUCCCCCUAUCAGCAGCUGCGUGGGAGUUCCACCGGCAGCCCUCGAGCGCCACACAUCCCGGGGAAGAUGGCCGGUGACGCGGCGCUCAUCCCGGACGACCGCGCGUUCAGCAACUUCAGAGGAGAGUGCACGUGUGACGCCGGUUUUGGCCUCAGCUACAACAAGUCCGGCAUCACCGUCUGGGUGCAGAUGCUCGAGGAGGAGAAGUCACUUCAUAAGAUCAAGUGCCGGAUGGUGUGCAAGGACGUUUCCGCGGAGACCAUGUAUGACGUUCUGCACGAUAUUGAAUACCGGCGGAAGUGGGACACUAACGUCAUCGAGACGUUCGACAUCGGAAAACUCACCGUCAACGCCGACGUAGGCUACUACUCUUGGAGGUGUCCAAAGCCUCUGAAGAAUCGUGAUGUCAUCACUCUGCGUUCCUGGUUGCCCAUGGGUAGUGAUUACAUCAUCAUGAACUACUCCGUCAAGCACCCUAAAUACCCCCCUAAGAAGGACCUGGUCCGUGCCGUCUCCAUUCAGACCGGCUACCUCAUCCAGAGACAGGGCCCGUCGUCCUGCACCCUCAUAUACCUGGCCCAGGUGGACCCCAAGGGCUCUCUCCCCAAGUGGGUGGUGAACAAGUCCUCCCAGUUUCUGGCUCCCAAGGCGAUGAAGCGCAUCCACAAGGCGUGUGUGAAGUACGGAGAGUGGAAGCAGCGGCACGCUCCUACCCAUAAGCCCUGGCUCUACCCCGAGCAGAACAGCCUUCCCAGCAUGCCCCUCUCCGAGCUGCGCAUCCAGCACGCCGACUCGCUGGAGAACAUCGACGAGAGCAGCCUCGCCGAGACACACACCCACGAGGAGCACAGCGACGAGGAGGGCCAUUGAGACACACACACACACACACACCCACGAGGAACACAGCGACGAGGAGGGCCAUUGAGACACACACACACACACACACACCCACGAGGAACACAGCGACGAGGAGGGCCAUUGAGACACACACACACACACACACACACACACACACACACACACACACACACACACACACACACACACACACACACACACACACACACACGAGGAGCACAGCGACGAGGAGGGCCAUUGAGACACACACACACACACACACACCCACGAGGAACACAGCGACGAGGAGGGCCAUUGAGACACACACACACACACACACCCACGAGGAACACAGCGACGAGGAGGGCCAUUGAGACACACACACACACACACACACACACACACACACACACACACACACACACACACACAAGGAGCACAGCGACGAGGAGGGCCAUUGAGACACACACACACACACACACACACACACACACACACACACACACACACACACACACACAAGGAGCACAGCGACGAGGAGGGCCAUUGAGACACACACACACACAUACACACACACACACACAAGGAACACAGUGACUAGGAGGGCCAUUGAGACACACACACACACACACACACACACACACGAGGAACACAGGGACGAGGAGGGCCAUUGAGACACACACACACACACACACACACACACACACACACACACACGAGGAACACAGCGACGAGGAGGGCCAUUGAGACACACACACACACACACACACACACACCCACGAGGAACACAGCGACGAGGAGGGCCAUUGAGACACACACACAAACACACACUAACACACUAACACACACAUGUAUGUAGUCACACACGGACACACACACCAAACCUCCAGCGUAUUCAGACACGCACACCGACAGGCCAAUGAAGUUCUGUACAACAUGCAUGAACGUGUGUGUGUGUGUGUGUGUGUGAGAGAGAUUUAUGUUCAUGCUCAUUGUUUCACUGUUUCUCUUCAGCUUGUGAAUGAAUGUACAAAUGGGAAUAAACAUAGA